AUGUCUGUUACUUUGGAACUCCCUUUGGCUCUUCACAUCCUCGAAGCUCACCUCGCUGAGAACAAGUAUAUUGCCUCUGAUAAGGCUACUGAGGCCGAUGCUGCUGUUGCCAAGGCUUUGGGUGCUGCCCCCGCUGCCGAAUUCACCAACGUCAACAAGUGGUACACUGAAGUCAAGCCCUCUGAAGCUGCUGCCCCCGCUGAAGCUGCUGCUGAGGAUGAGGAUGAUAUCGACCUCUUUGGUUCCGAUGACGAGGAAGUUGAUGAGGAAGCCGAGAAGAUCAAGGCUCAACGUAUUGCUGAAUAUAACGCCAAGAAGGCCAACAAGCCCAAGACCAUUGCUAAGACCACCGUCACUCUUGAAGUUAAGCCUUGGGAUGAUGAGACCAACAUGGAGGAAUUGACCGCUGCUGUCAGAGCUAUUGCCAUGGACGGUCUCCUCUGGGGUGGUUCUCAACUCGUUGCCAUUGGUUACGGUAUCAAGAAGCUUCAAAUCAACUGUGUUGUUGAGGAUGAUAAGGUCAUGAUGGAUGAUUUGUGUGAUGCUAUCACUGAUUUGGAAGAUUAUGUUCAAUCCGUUGAUGUUGCUGCUAUGCAAAAGAUCUAA